AUGAAGGAGCCUGAUGGAGAGGCGCCAAUGGUGUGUCUGCCCCCCCUGCAUGCUGCUGUUGCUAUCGAGCGAUGGCGUCCGGAGACCCACACAUUUCAUCUGCUGUGCGGAGAGUGUACCGUCACUCUAGAGGAUGUUGCAGUACAGCUCGGGCUUCCCAUAGACGGGAAUACGGUCACGGGCGUAAGUUCAAUCUCUAGGUCGGCUACCCUUUGCAAUGAAUUACUUGGACGCUCGCCAAGUCAGGGGAAAUUUACCAGCUUGAGAUUUUCAUGGCUACAUGCCAAUUUUGAGCAUUUGCCAAGUACUGCUAAUGAAUGGGAGGUGAUGCAGGCUGUUCGAGCUUACAUUAUGCACCUUAUAGGGGGUGUACUCAUGCCGGAUGCAAACGGCAGUAAGGUCCACUUGAUGUACUUACCCUUAUUAUCCAAUUUGCAUAACACUCGUUCAUACAGUUGGGGGUCCGCAGUUUUAGCCAUGCUGUAUCGCGAACUUUGUCGGACAACAGCUCCUUCUGCGGUUGACAUGGACGGAUGCCUCAUACUGCUGCAGUCGUGGGCACUUUACCGGAUGCCAUUCUUGGCAUCCAUUAGUCAUCAAUCAUAUGUAUUUCCACUCGUUAAUAGGUGGAGUAGUAAUCCGGGUAUCGGAAAGUCACAGACGGUUCCGAUAUAUCGUCUAAUGAUUGAAAAUCAUGCUGGAGAGGGGUUCAUUUGGAUGCCGUAUUCUGCUCCGGAAAUUAUGGCAGUUAUCCCAUCAUCUGCCCACGUCCACUCAAACCUAUGGUGCAUUAGCGCACCCAUUAUCAAUUUUAACGUAGUGGAGUGGUAUCAUGGCAAUCGAGUACUCCGACAGUUCGGUUGCAUACAGUAUAUCCCGACACUGCCAGUACAAUUGGAGGAGAUCCAUGGGAUGAGCAAGAAGGGGAGGUAUGGAGAUAAUUGGGAAGAAGUGCACGAAGAAUACAUUACGAUAUGGAACAACCGGUUCGGGAGGGUACCUCAGAUGGAUCGUGCUCCGGAUUUGCAGCCCUCGUUAGAGUAUAUGCAGUGGUACUGUGAGACAGGGAAACCAUUUCUGUUUGGUGGGCGGUCGAUUGUAGUCCCUCCGUAUACGACACAAAUUACGCAACCCCUUCGAGAUCUGCAUCAUGCACCGGAGCCAGAGCCAGACCCAGAACUACAUUCUAGGGAUAGUUCUUAUCAUCCAGAAUUAGGGGGCAAUGACUAUUUCGUGGCCUCGUAUCCACCUCAGUACUCCGCUCCUUCCGGCCAAUAUCCACCGUCGUACUCCUCUCCUCCCGGAUCAAGUUCAUCGAUGGCAUUUGAGACAUAUGAUUAUUCAUCUAUGUUUCACACACCCCGACAUACUGUCGAAGAGAAUGUUGAUAACCGUAAUCGCCCACAACGUGAGCGUCGAGCUCCACAAAAAUAUACCCCUAGAACUACACCAUCAAACCAUCAAUUUUAG